UACUCGCAAUUACAACCCCUCAGGGCAAUAGGUUUAGCUACGGUCUGUGUCCCCACAUCAUUCUGUAACACAUGCAAGCAGCACAAUCUUGGCCAACACGAUGGAAACGUUAUGUAGAAUAGGCACCACUGUGCUGCACGGGAUCCUGGACAGUAUCAAGGGCAUCACGGUAGUGUUCUAUCUGGACAAAGAGGCCAACCGAAAGCUAUCCCAGCCUACGACAAAACCUCUCCUCUCGGGAUCUGCUCCCCGAACGAAGGAAAGCUUAUCGUCGCAACCUCGUACACCGUCAUCGAAUUCGCUCGUUUCUAAGCGCAUAGAAGAAUCCAAGGUGCUAAAGCGUGUCCUUCAGUGUUCGCUACUGAAUGGCGGAAUAUUUAUGCUCAGCAUCCUAUUUUUCGAGUAUGCCGUCCUGCCCGGGCUACAUCUCUUUCUGUGGUAUCUGUUCCGCAACUCGACCACCAUGACAACGGUGUGGGGCUGGAUGCAGCCGUCGCUUUCGCUGCUGUUCAACUCCUUCUGGGUAGCUCCACUAUUUCUACUCAGCAAGAUCGUAAAUAGCCUCUGGUUUCAGGACAUUGCGGAUUCGGCGUACAAGUUCCGCAAGGGUCGCCCUCAGCUUAUACCGAGCAUCAGCAAACUGAUCGCCGAUACGCUUAUCAGCUUGCUGAUUCAGAUUCUGUUUCUGCUCCAAAGCACGUUGGUAAAAUAUUUACCCGUUCCGGUACCGUUUGCCUGUAGUGCGAUCUACAUAGUGCAUAUGAGUCUACUCUGCUCACUGUAUGCCUUCGAGUACAAGUGGUUCAAUAUGGGCUGGGAGCUGCACAAACGACUGACUUACAUCGAACAGAACUGGCCAUACUUUUUAGGCUUCGGGCUGCCGCUAGCAGUGCUGUCCGAGCUGCCUAACUCGAUCGUGAUCAGUGGAUGCGUGUUUUCGGUUCUCUUUCCACUGUUCAUUAUCAGCGCUAAUGAAGCCACACCAAAGGUGGACGUAUGUGAAACACCCCUUAAGUUGUUCUCCAUUGUGGUUGCCCUUACCAAUGCACUGUUCCGUGGCCGAACGAAACCCGGAAAGGCGGCCCUAUCGCAACCACUAACACCCGGCGGUGGUGGGACGAAUGUUCGUGGUCUAACGCCUCCACUAUCGUCCUCUACGUCUGCGUUCAUGUUUCAGCAACAACAGCAGCAACAGCAACAAUAUCGACUUCACAAUUCCCAAAAGCAGCACCAUCAUCGAUCGCACCAUCGUCAACCAUCGCCAUCUCCAUCGGCAGCUUCGUCCACGUUUGCUUCAGUCCAAACUGCCCAGCUGCAUCAACACCAAACUGUACUGAACCGACCGCUUAGGCGGUAGGUGUGUAUAUAAGCUGUGUGCUUUGCGUGCUUCUUUAGCUCCUCAAAAGAAAAAAAAAGGAAAAAGUGUUCUGAAACACAACGAAGACAAAAUGGUAGACGAAGCUCAAACGAGGAGAAACAAACAUGGUGCCGGAAGGAGAAAUCAAAACGAAAUCCAAUAUAAGGCAAAGCAAACGGAUAUAAUUAUGUACGCUAGGAAGCAGGGAUACCGUUUUAUAUCUUUCUUUUUUUCUGUCGGGGAUGUUUGCAAUGUUUUGUUUAUUUUAUUCACUCGCGACUCAAGCUAAAAUUUGACGGUCCAAUCAUUGACUCAGCGCUUCGUUUGGGAUGGUCCAGCAUCGAUAGUGCAUCGUAUAGGAAAAUCGUUUAAGGCGACCGUGUUUUGUGUGUGUGUGGAGCCUUAGACGAUAGAAAAUGAUAUAUUCAACGUUAACUACUAACAUUACUAAUAUUCUUAACUAACGCAUCGUACUACCAACAAACAAACACAUUAAACAAUGGACUGCGCUUUUCAUGUCGAAUUGAGACCGAUAACAAACCUAGGCAGUAAAGAUUUCCGUGAGAUUAUGUAUAAACGAAACAAACAAGUAGAUCAACUGUAUAGUGAUGUACUUAUAGCAUAACGUGUGGGGGGUUAUUAUGGUGAUAUAAAAAACGAUGGACGAUGCACAUUAGAGCAGGAUAAGAAUAGGAUCAAUGGUGGGUUGCAGCUAACAGUGCUGAUCAAAUUAUGUGGGAUUUUCUUUUCAAGGAAGUUUGCCUUUUAAUCCGCUUGCUUUUGCAUCUAGGCACGGUUCAAACAAAGGCUUUCGAAUCAGCACACCUCGCCUCGGGAGUGGUUAGCAAGGACGGGAACGGGACCGGGCAACACAGUGGAGGUUUUGUAAAUUGUAUGAUUUUUUUAUCUACCGCUCCGAAGGUUCGAUACAUGAAAGACUGCCCUUUUAGGCUGCGCAAAUUAAUCUGUGAAACAGACCAGGAAAAUAAAUUUACUCAAAACAUA